GAGAAGCUGUGUGUGUGAGUGUGUAUGUGAGAGAGGUGCUGAGUCCUGAAGAGGUCACACAACAGGACAGAGCCCAGCUAGCGCUGCUGAGACGGACUAUGCAGAGUAGUGUCUGAGUUUGUCCUGAGGACAGACACCACAACUGAUCGGAAUGGGAAACACUGACAGCCAGUACAGCAGCUUCAACGUCCCUGGGAAACCCAAACCCUGCUCUCAAAAGUUCCACUCCAUUAAGGAGGAGGUCCUGUCCCCCUAUAGCUGGUGGAGGGGCAGCGAGGGGGGUGGCCAGGGGCACAAAACCAGAGGCAAGGAAGGGAGGGUCUGCCUGCCCCAGCACAAGAUCACUCACAACCAACCUUAUGGUUCGUUGCGACACUACGAGCACCACAUCGCCAAGGAGGGCAGGGGACUGGGAGGGCCCCCAGGAGCCAAGCUGAAGCCCAGCUCUCCGCAGCGUUGUGGCAGAGGGGACAGCUCCCAAGUGACCAGGAAAAGCAGUUGUCACAAUGGCUAUGGUUUCCUGGAGAGUAGCGGGGAGAAUGUGAACGGUCUCGGGGCUAACGGACAGUGCAACCCUGAGAUGACUUCUCUGUGUGAGCCAAUAGAGAGCCGCAGCAGCCCCAAGGUGCUCCUCAGUAAGGACGGCAGCAUGCAUGUGGAGUUCACCAACGCCAGGAGGAUGUCUCUGGAGCCUCAAGGUCUUUCAGGCCACAGCCACCCCGCGGUAGCAACCCCAGAGCCCUCUCUGACUAGGACCAGUAAGGGUAGCUCGCUCAGCUCCGAGGGGUCCUGGUACGACUCUCCUUGGGGGAACACCACAGAGCUCAACGACAAUGUGUUCACAUGUAGUCAGACUGCAGCGAGGGACAACAGUAGUGGCUACACCACCUUCUCAUCCGCCCAUACUGAGGACAUCUCCACGGGGUUCAAGCCCAGCCUCCUCUUCCAGACUGUGGAUAGUAACGGACAAUAUACAAGCCGAGGGUUUAACAGCAAUGGGUAUAACACUUGCUCUUUGGGCCGCACUGAGGACAGUGGCAUCGGAGAUUCCAUGAUUCUCUACCCGGAGCAGAGUCCGUUUAGCCUCCCCUCCCCUCCUGUGUCCCUGUCUGACCUUUAUACUGACUCUAACCCCAGCGUGGCGGCUACGUACCCCACCGCUCAGUUCCAGGACAUCCCCCAGCACCGGGCGUCGCUGGCCUCGGUGCUGACCCUGGACGUGGUCGACCAGGAAGAGAGCUCAGAGUUGGGCGACCAGCGCUACUCCUCCACUCACAGUCACACGCUGCCCUGCAGGAGGGUCGCCGCCGAGCCCACCUCCAUCGCCGUCAGCAACAGCAGGAAGGACAACCUGAAGAGCCGCAUCCGGCACCUCAGCGACUGGACAGGAAGUCUGAGCAGGAAGAAGAGAAGACUACAGAAUCCUUAUGGUAGUCAGUCCAGUGAAGGCUUUAUCAGUGGAGUUGAUCCUGGGUUAGGUAACUCCAGCUCCCAGGUAACUGGUCCAGUAUGGAACCCCCUCCACACCCAGAUCUUGUCAGUCCACUCUGGGGCCUCCAGGGUCCAACAGUGCCACAGCGACGCCUUGCGGCAGAACAUCUAUGAGAAUUUCAUGCAGGAGCUGGAGACAGGAGGCUACAGCGGUCCGGAGCAGACUGAGCCCUCGGAGGAUGGAGAGGGGGAGGACAUGGGAGGAGAGAGGGGAAUAGGAGAGGGGGAACAGGGGGUGAGCAGUGGCAGUGGAUCUGUGGGCUCUCUGGAGCAGCUGGACCUGCUGUUUGAGAAGGAGCAGGGGGUGGUGCGCAGGGCCGGCUGGCUCUUCAUCAAACCCCUCCUCACCCUGCAUAAGGACAGGAAGCUGGAGCUGGUGGCCCGCAGGAAGUGGCGGCAGUACUGGGUCACACUCAAAGGGUGUAGCCUCCUGUUCUAUGAGACCUAUGGGAAGAGCAGCUGUCCCGAGCAGGAGCUGUCUCCGCGCUACGCCCUGCUUGCUGAGGACAGCAUAGUCCAGGCCAUCCCCGAACACCCCAAGAAGGAGAACGUCUUCUGUCUGAGCAACGGCUACGGAGACGUCUAUCUGUUGCAGGCUGCCAAUCAGACGGACCUGGAGAACUGGGUGACGGCCAUCCACUCUGCCAGUGCCUCUCUGUUGGCCAAGAGAAAGGGGAAGGAGGACACUGUGCGGUUCCUGAGGAGCCAGACCGGCGCCCUGCUGCAGAAGAUAGACAUGGACAGCAAGAUGAAGAAGAUGGCUGAGCUGCAGCUGUCUGUCAUCAGUGACCAGAGGAACAGGAAGGCCAUCAAGAGCCAGAUCCAGCAAUGGGAGCAGAACCUGGAGAAGUUCAACAUGGACCUGUUCCGGAUGCGCUGUUACCUGGCCAGCCUGCAGGGCAGUGAGCUCCCCAACCCCAAGAGUCUCCUGGCCGUGGCCGGAAGGCCCUCCAAGACCACCCUGGGACGCCUGGGGAUCUUCUCUGUCUCCUCCUUUCAUGCCCUGAUCUGCACCCGUGACGAGGCGACCCUGCAGAAGCGUUGCCGAUCUCUUUCCCGAGGAACGCUGAACAAGAGGGGUCUCUUCUCCUCCCUCAAGGGUCUGGACAGCCUGACCAAACGCAGCAAGGAGAAGAGGCAGUCCGUGUCCCAGGUUUUUGAAGGACAAAGUGUUGGAGUACCUGCUGGCCAUAUCCUCAACCACAGCAGCUCCGAGAGAUUGGACACUCUUGCCAAAAUGCAGUUGAUAGCACCACCUGAAGGCAACCCUUGGUACAGCAGUUUGGAAACUCCCGUCUGUGUGAAUAUGCCCGACAGCCAAACCGUUACUCUGCACAUCAAACCCGAUUUCCUCGUAUCAGACGUGCUGUCUUUGGCCUGUAAGGAAGGGCACCUGGACCCGAGCCAGCACUGCCUGCGUGUGAGGAGGCUGGUGGGUCUGGACACAGAGACCAGCUCCCCAGCACCCACAGACCCACUACGAGACCUGGUGUAUGAAGAGCUAGAGGUCUUCCCACUCAAUGUUUUCACCAUACAACUGUCCCGCCCAAACACAGCAGUGGACUUUGGCUUUGCUGUGACAGGCCAUGUAGACGGAACCAGGAAAAGCCAUGUCUAUGUGAGUGAGGUCACCCCAGAGGAACUGGCUUUCACUGAAGGUCUGAGAGAGGGGGAUGAGAUCCUGUUUCUGAAUGGGACCAGUGUGUCCUCCCUGGACCUGGGUCUGAUGCACCUGUUGUUCAGCCACCAGACCCUCCAUCUGUUGCUUAGACGAGAGGACACGACCCCUGAGGACCAUACCUCUGUCUGGCCAGACUGUGACCCCUGGCAGCCAGCACCACCGCCACCCAGCCACUAUGACCCCUGGCAGCCAGCACCACUGCCACCCAGCCACUGUGGCCCAUGUCUUACAGAUAUGCCACUGCCCCAGGAGCUUCCAGACAACUCUGUAACGUCUCCCUUUGAUGAACUGUCACAACAACUACAACCCGCUGAUGAGACGGAGCAGCUCGGCCAGAAUGUUGAGACGGUGUGCUUGCUGUACCAGACCUUCCCAGAGGGCCGUUGGGCAGCGGGGGCAGUGGUGGUGGGGGGCCAGAGGAACCCCUACUCCAUGGAGCCCCCCGGUCCCCAGACCCAGAAGCCCCCCUGCCCCAGACACAUGUCCAUCUCUGAGAGGCUCUGUAAGGUCAUACAGGAACUGGUGGACACAGAGAAGUCCUACGUCAAGGACCUGUGCUGUCUGUUUGACAUCUACCUGACGCCUCUACAGAGUGAGACCUUCCUCAGCCACCAUGAGAUGGAGUCUCUGUUUGGCAGUCUGCCUGAGAUGCUGGACUUCCAGAGAGUGUUCCUACACACCCUGGAGGAGCGCAUCGCCUCCUCCCCCAACUUCAGCUCCCUGGAGUCCCCCGAACAGUUCAAGAAACUUCUUCUCUCGCUGGGGGGCUCCUUCCUCUACUAUGCCGACCACUUCAAGCUCUACAGCGGCUUCUGUGCCAACCACAUCAAAGUCCAAAAGGUUCUGGAACGAGCGAAGACGGACCGGGCCUUCAAGCAGUUCCUGGAGGCGAGAAACCCCACCAAGCAGCACUCGUCCACCCUGGAGUCCUACCUCAUUAAGCCAGUCCAGAGGGUGCUCAAGUACCCCCUGCUGCUCAGAGAACUGGUCUCCCUGACCGACUCAGAGAGCGAGGAGCAUAGCCACCUCACAGAGGCCCUGAGAGCCAUGGAGAAGGUGGCCAGUCACAUCAAUGAGAUGCAGAAGAUCUACGAGGACUACGGCACUGUGUUUGACCAGCUGGUGGCAGAGCAGAUUGGCCCUGAGAAAGAGAGGACAGAGAUCUCCAUGGGAGAGUUCCUCAUCCACUCCUCUUUAAAGUGGCUCAACCCUCUCCCCUCCCUGGGUCGCAUGAGGAAACAUCCUGAGCUAACGCUGUUUGUUUUCAAGAGAGCGGUGAUCCUUGUGUACCGUGAGCGAAGAAAGAUGAGGAAGAGGAUGACCACGUCACGCUCAGGGGACCUGGAGGCCUUCAAGUUCCGCUGGCUCGUCCCAGUGUCGGCGGUGCAGGUCCGCCCGGGGAACGCAGCAGGAACGGAGAGCCCAUGUAUCUGGGAGCUGGUCCAUACCAAGUCUCAGUUAGAGGGGAGACCAGAGACCGUGUUCCAGCUCUGCAGCAGUGGUUUGGAGAAUAAGGCAAGCGUAGUGAAAGCUCUUCGCUCCCUUCGAGACUGGACCUCUAGGCCCCUCCUAUCAGAGAGAGGUUCUAGGGAGUACCAAGGCUCCCUCCGUAGGACCCAGCCUGCACCGGUCAGAGCCGGCUCCUGGAGAAGACAACAAGAACUGCAGGCCAUGAGGACUGCAGGCCACCAACACCAUUCUGAUGACAGCAGUGUGUCCAGCGGAGCCCCCCAACUCUGCCCGGGAGACACCCACUCGGAGCCACAGCUCCCCAGCCACUCCAACACGGGCCUCUCCAGCCUGGAGGGUACCAUGCUGGGCAAGAGGGCCCGGCUGUGCUCCCUGACCAGCGCCCUGGAGGCCCAGCUCCAGAGACUCAACUUCACAGAAGAGGCCGGGCCGAGGAGUGCUGUGUCCCAGCAGGAGCACCUCAGACAGGGGGUCCCCCGGCCCCACCUGCCCCAUCCUGCUGCCCAGAGGAGGGCUAGCAGUCUGCAGGGUCCAGGAGGGCAGGAUAAUGACCCCCAGUGUGUGGACCUUAACGCCCUACUGGGGAAGGACUUCAGUGUGCAGAGCCUGACCUCUGUGGUCAAUGAGAACUGCUUCUAUGACACGGUUAUGGGGAUCCAGAAGGCUGCCAUUACAACACUAUAGAGGCCCUAGAAGUUGCCCCUAGAUGCUGAUCUUGGAUCAGUUUUCCCCACUAAUGGUUAACGUUAGGAUUGGGGGACAGGAAGCUGAUCCUAGAUCUGUACCAAGGCAAACUUCACCCUGGAGAGCUGAUGAACACUAUAGAAGGUAUACUCCUGUACCUGUCUUGACUCUCAUCACACUGACUACAUUAGCACCUGGUCAAGGUGCUAUGGACUAGAAGAUGAAUCUCCUUAAUGUGUUUACUCUGACCGGUGAGUAGGCUACGACUGAAGAACGGUGCUCUGAUCACAGUUACUUGACUUGACUUUGACUUAAUCCUUUUAGCUCCUAGUGGAGCAAAGGCCUCAAGAUCACACAGUGACAGUAAAUACGUAUGUACAGUGCAUUCGGAAAGUAUUCAGACCCAGGUCUUCAGGGAAACCUGUUUCAGUCUUCC